GCUAUUAAUGAACCGGUUACGGAAAAAGCGCGUGAUCCGGUUGUACUAGAUUUACCGCCUGCCCUUUAAAUGGUUCUAGAUUUAGUGUGUAAAACGGACUUCCAGUUUACGGAAGAUGUCCACUACUAAUCUUCCAAUCGAUAAAGUGAACAAGAUGACUUAUGAAGAAUUCAUCGAGUGCUUUGGCAAUGUUGUUGAACACUGCAGCUUGUGUGCGGCGGCAGUCUGGAGAGAACGCCCUUUUCGUGACGCGCAAUGCCUGGCCACCUGCUUUGGCGAUUUUAUAGAUCGGCUUCCAAUAAGUGGUAAGGAAGGAAUUUUGCGCUUGCACCCGGACCUCGCCGGCAGACUAGCACAGGCUGGUAAACUGACUUCAGAGUCCACUAGGGAGCAGGCUAAUGCAGGACUUGGCAGAAUGUCAGGGGAGGAGCAACAGCGAAUGAACCGUCUGAAUGAAAGGUACAAAGACAAAUUUGGUUUCCCGUUUGUCAUUUGUGCCAGGGAAAACAAGAAAGAUGCUAUUCUUCACGGACUGGAAGAAAGACUUGAAAAUUCACCACAGACCGAGAGCAUUACAGGAGCUAACGAAGUGAAGAAGAUAUGUCGCUUACGCAUAUUGGACAUUGUGAAUCCCAACAGCCAGUUAACACAUAGUCCAUUGUAAAUCUGAAGUCAAGGCUGAACAAUGGCAACAGAAACCAAUUCUAUGUGUUGUUGUAUAAGUUUACAUUCCGGUGUAUCGUCUUAGAAUUUCAUGCAAGUUAAAUAUGAUCAGAUUUAGUAUUUCAUAAUUGUAGGCAAGUUAAGACAUAAUUGUAGACAAGUUAAGACUAUUUUAAAAAGCUUAGUAUUAGCAACGUAUCCUAAAGAUGAGUUGUGAAGACAAUUGUUUUAACAGCCUGAAGGAAGAUGUUACAUUACCGGUGAUGAGAAAAUAAAAUUUAUCAAUUGGCCUAGUAACAUAUCAGUAGUAUCAGUAUUGAAAUUUUGGGUAUGCCAUACAUGUAUCACGCAUAAAACGUGUUUAAAUUCUG